AUGUGUUUUGGAAUAUAUACCUGCUCGCCCUACAUCGUUACUAUUGGAAUUGUUAACAACGCUUUAUUUUUCAUCGACACUCACCCUGUAACUGAAGAACUUGGUAGCGAUGGCAACGGUGUUCUUUUGGUGACUCCAGAUCUUAGUUAUCGAUCGUGCCAAUUACUUGUCCAAUGGUUGUUGCUUCGUCUAGCCAAGGCAGGAGUUGAAACGGAUUCAAGACAAAGCCUAGUUUGGCUGACUGCUCAUCAAGGUAGGAAAGGGAUUUAUGGAUUGGAUUUUGGGCAUGAUUCGAUAUUUAUAUAAUAACACAAAUUUAUUUGUUGAUCUAGACGAGAAGUGCAAUGAUUCUACCGCGGAAGGCAUACUGGACAAAGGUUAUUUACAUUCUCGAGUGCCCAGUGAGGAGGUUAGUAAGCACGAAGAAAAGUCAAAAGCAAAUUCACAAAAAAAUUAUGAAAUUGACACAAAAAUCUUUGAUAUUCAGUUGAAGCACGUCGUGCUGUUUAGCUUUUUCCGAUCUACUAUAAAAGAAAUUGACUAAUUGUCGACUAUAUAGUAAACAUAAAAGACCACUCCCGAAUUCGGUCUCAUCACCAUGCACAUUGCUGUCUUAAAAAAGGCGUGCCAAAUUGUAAUGUCUCAGUAUUGAACUUAGAGCACUAAGCUUUGACCUGGUGUUGGUCUACAUAAUUCAAAAAUGGUCUAUCAGAUUGUACCAGCGUUUUAAUAAUCUUAUUCUAUAAACGAGAGGUAACAUUUGCGCGCCGUAGUCUGUUCAGUUACGGAUGUACAACAGUCACAACAGGACAUCGUAACGAGGCAUAACAUGUACACUAGUGGCUAGCUAACCACUUUUUGUUGUGAUCACAGUGUGACAUUAUAUUGUUUAUCUGUAUAUAAAUCUAUAAAGCAGAAAACGGCAGACGAUAUCUGUUUGUAAGAUUUUAAAAAUAAUUAUGUGUAUGUAUUUAUAUAUUAAGGCAGAAAAGACUGAUGAAGAUAGUUCAAUAGAAAUUGUCGCAGUUCCUGGUAAAAUGCAAGGUAAGACGUCAUUUUCACUUUGCACUUCAAAAUAAAGAAUAUCAUAAAUAUGUAUUUAUUUUAAAUACCUAUAUUCGUAACGUUAUGUACGAUAUUUGUUCUGGGUUAGGGUUAGGUUUUUAUAUAUUUAAGGGGGUCAAACAUGA